AUGCUCAGGCCUGCAGCAUGGACGUGUUGCUCUCUGACAUUAAGCAGAUAUUGUUUGUGCUCUUCUCUCUUCUUGGGUCUGUUUCUGGUGGUGGACUCUGGAUCCUGUAACUUUCCCAUAGAAUGGAGACUGUACAAAGGCAGCGCAGGCUACUGCAGCACAUACAGAGGCGACGUGUGUCGGAACGAGCUCCGUCGGGACGUGCUGGUGUUUUUUAACUAUUCUCUUCCAAACCCGGAGGAUGCUCAGGAGUACCUGGCCCAGAGCGCGUGGGGGGAGCUGGACGGGGUGAGCUCAUUCUGCAGGCCCGCUGCCAGAUCACUGCUCUGUCACGCCACCUUCCAGGACUGCAACCCGUCUGGACUGGGACCAGCACCCAAACCUGUCUGCAGGGAGCACUGUCUGGCAGUGAAAGAGCUGUACUGUUACAAGGAGUGGCGCUCUGCUGAGGAAAGAUCUCAUCGAGGGUUCCCACACAGCAUCACUCUCCCAGAAUGCACCUCUCUACCCAGCCAACAAGCAGACCUAUCCUCAUGCACAGCGGUUCCUUACGAUCCCCAUCUGCAUAGACUUUCUGUAGAUGUGAUUCCUGAGUUGCGAAAUGCAGAAAACUACUGUCGUAACCCAGGCGGAGAGAGUGACAGGCCAUGGUGCUACACCACAAACCCUAAUGUACGCUGGGAGUACUGUCUGGUGCCCAAAUGUGGAGAAGUUAUGAGUGUGAAGACUGCACCCUCCAUUACAAAACCGGUCCAGAUUUACCCACCUCCUCCUGUGUCUACAGCCUAUUCAAUGAGCGUUAUCAUCUUCAUCAUUUCUGGCUUCGCUGGGGCAGCCUUCUUUAUUAGAGCCCCUGGUCUUUUGCCGAUGGAGCCGUUCACCAUGGUGGCAGUGAAGAUGUUGAAGGAGGAAGCUUCGGCUGAUAUGCAGAACGACUUUCAAAGAGAAGCUGCACUCAUGGCUGAGUUUGAUCACCCCAACAUUGUCCGUCUCCUGGGAGUCUGUGCGGUGGGGAAGCCCAUGUGUCUCAUGUUUGAAUACAUGGCCUAUGGGGACUUGAAUGAAUUCCUGCGACGGCGCUCUCCAACUCAGCAGCCCAGUCUAAGUCGGGAUACCUUGACGUGCAGCAGUCUCGUGUCAGAACCUGAGCGUUACCCACCCCUCAGCUGCCUGGAGCAGCUCUCCAUUUCCAAGCUGGUGGUGGCAGGAAUGGCGUACUUGUCGGAACGCAAGUUUGUGCACCGUGACCUAGCUACCCGCAACUGUUUGGUCGCCGAAAACCUGGUCGUGAAAAUUGCGGAUUUUGGUCUCUCGCGCAACAUAUAUGCAGCAGAUUAUUACAAAGCUGGUGAAAAUGACGCCAUACCGAUUCGCUGGAUGCCACCUGAAUCUAUCUUCUACAACCGCUACACCAGCGAGUCAGAUGUGUGGGCUUAUGGUGUGGUAUUAUGGGAAAUCUUCUCAUAUGGCAUGCAGCCAUACUAUGGCAUGGCCCACGAGGAGGUCAUCUACUAUGUAAGGGAUGGAAAUGUGCUCACCUGUCCAGAAAACUGCCCACAGGAGCUGUAUAACCUCAUGCGCUUGUGUUGGAGCACUCAUCCCACUGACCGGCCUAGUUUCGCAAGCAUUCACCGCAUCCUGGAAAGAAUGCAUGACCAGAUGCUCCAAUCUGGUCUUUCUUGAGGAUCUCUAAAGAUGCAAUUCAAAGAACUGAAAUGCUCCAAUCUUUAAGGAACUCAUUAGAAUCCCAAAGAGCCCUGAGGGAUCUUGAAGAAGGAUAAAACAUUUUAAGGUAUCCAAAAGAGCUGAAGACAACCCAGCAAACCUUUAAGUGCCCACAAAUACUCAAGAACCCAGAGGAAUAUUGAGGAAUGUGUAAGAAGCCUGAAAUGAUUGAAAAGGCUCUCACACCUUAAGGAAUACUGAUCCCUCAAACUCUUUGAAGAUGAGAUUGGUUGCAUCUGUUCAAAGGAUCCCAAUUGUUUUCUUUCAAUGAAGCAGAUGUACGGCAGACAUCAGAUGUGCACUAGUCAAGGUUUGAGGUGAUUCAUAUUAACAGAAUCACCGGUAAUGAAGGUUAACAUCUGGUAAUAAGGUGGAUCUAGUGCAGUCACUGUAAUAAUCUAGACUGAAAUCUCUGCAAGCAGAGACAUACAGUAUAAAUGCCUGAUAUUUGUACUUUUCAUCGCUUUUGGAUCUAUUUUGAGUAAAAAUCUGAGAGUACAAUGCAUCUGUUAGUAACAUUCUUCGAAAAAGUUAAUUCAAGAAAGUGCUAUAGUGCUUAAAGCUGAAAAACGUUGUCAAUGUUUAAUUUAAAUUUAAAACGUUUAAAUAGAAUUGCUUAUUCCAAAG